AUGAGUGUGCGGUCCUUCGCGGCGUUCAAAAACUAUGAAGAUGAAGUUGAAGACGAUUGUAGCCUUACAGAUAUCCUCGAGAAACGAUCGAGCUUAGGAGCUUCUGUCGUUGAUGCGGUCUCAUCACCAACGACGUUUAAAAGAAUAUGGGAAGAAACAGAAACCAAUUUCCCAGACCGCCAACCCAGUCGUAGAAGACGUCCGGAGAGUAUUCGGAGUAAUCCUGAACGUGGCCGAACCGGGCUCGUUUCCUCCACCUCCCCUAUCGAACCGCCUUCCACCGAAACUCGUUCGGCCUCAAGUUCCCCCGGGAGUCUCAUAUCUCAGUCUACAAAGUCGAGGGAGAACUCAUCAUCUACAUCCCCCGCUCCUGGAGAUGGCACAGCUCUUCCAGGUCUCCAGAGCAAGGGGCCGAGAGAGUACGACGAACUUAUGCCUUUAACCGGAGAUGAAAUCGACCAAGCUUCGAUUGAUCUUGUAUCUGCAUGCGACAACCCACCUUCUCGGUAUUCUCUGGAAAUAAUAUCGGAAGCUCUCUUUUCGGCAGAGCAUCUAGACGCUAUCUUCCACGAUCAGCUCCUACUUGAACGGUUUACAUCCUUCCUUUGCGUCUUUAGGCCAAAGUCUGUCCCUCUUCUAGUAUAUUAUUUAGAUGCUCUAAAAGCACUGAAGGCUAUAGGGUAUUCAAACACCAUUAUUCGAUCCUUAGUCUCUGUCAAGGGAACAGACCUUUGUGAAGAGGUAAUCUCAAAUACUAUCAACGAACCCCUAUUGGCAAGGCUCAGCAAGGUACUUCAUACUCUCGCUACAGAUGACCUACCUGCCUAUAUCACCCAUACUUGGAUACAAACAGUGGCCGUCACUAUUAAGCAGCGGAUUACAAAUACGUUGCCUGACCAUCUUAAGGAUCUCUCUGAAGGAGUAGCGGAUGUCUUCUGCUUGAUAGAUCCCUCAAGAAAUGACAACCCAAUUGUAUUUGCUAGCAAAGGGUUCCAUCAAAUGACACAGUAUGGAGCCAGCUAUGCCCUAGGUCGAAAUUGUCGUUUCCUUCAGGGGCCCAGCACGAGCCAAUUGAGCGCGAGAAGAAUAAAAGAACAUCUAGAUGCUGGAAAGGAGCACUGCGAGGUUCUACUAAACUACCGCCGGGACGGGUCCCCAUUUAUGAACCUUGUCAUGGCUGCGCCUCUUCUGGACAGCCGUGGAAUCAUCCGGUACCACAUCAGCGCCCAGGUAGAUGUUUCGGGUCUGGCGAAGGAAUAUAUAGGCUUCGAGUCUCUUAGGCGCAUUGUCGACCAGAGACAGCACGACGAGGACGCUAGUGUUCAUACGAGUGUGAAAGACGAAUUCCGUGAGCUCGUAGAAAUGUUCACCCCCUCGGAGUUGAAAAUAGUUCAGGAGGUAGGCGGUAGCAUGCACCGUCGCCGCCAGGACGACGCGGCAGGCUCCGAGACAAGAUCAAGACACCAUGGCCUCGCACGCGUAGACUCCGAUCCCUUGCCUCGAAUAUCGACCGCGUCAGUUAGUCGCGUUACAAGCCUCUUCGAGCACUACCUCCUAGUACGCCCACACCCUCACCUACGGGUCCUCUUCGCCUCCCCGUCCCUCCGUUUCCCCGGCAUGCUACAAAGUAGCUUCAUGUCCCGAAUCGGAGGCCCGCACGCAGUCCGCGAAGCAGUCGCCCAAGCAUUCGCCGACGGCAGCGGAGUCACCACGAAGGUCCGUUGGGUGACCCGGAUGGACAGUUACGGGAAGAGCAAGUGGAUACACUGCACGCCGCUGCUGGGAUCAAACGGGGCCGUGGGCGUGUGGAUGGUGGUACUUGUUAACGACGACGCGGAAGCCAGUUUACGACGUUCUCGGGACGCACCGCUUGUAGACGUGAAAAUCGAUGGGAAGAGGCCCUUCGAUGGGGAGGAUACAAGUUAUGGUAGUGGCAACGCGAAUGGAGGACUCAAUGGGUGUCGUCCCUCGUCGGCUUUGGGAAACACUUCGGGAGCCGUGGCGAUUGAAGUUUGCACAUCAGGAUCUAGUGACCUAGCACACAAGAAAGUAGGAUCUACUACGAUGUAA